AUGGGUUACACUCACUACUACUCCGUCGACAACACCUCCAGCCCCGAGUGGGGAGCCGCGUGGCCCCAGCUCGUCGAGGACGCGCAAAAAAUCGUGGACCACUCCAGCGUGCCUCUCAGCGGUCCCGACAUCGACGAGCCCGGCCCGCCAAUCAUCGACGUACACCAGGGAAUUUUCCUUAACGGGGCUGGAGACGACGGAUACGAACCUCUCUGUUUGGACCGGCACGGGAGCACGGAGUUUACAUUCGUCAAGACCGCUUAUAAACCGUACGAUGAGGUGGUGGCGUGUAUCCUGCUCAGGGCGGCUGUGCUGGCUCCGAACUGUGUUAGUUUGAGCUCGGAUGGAGAUUGGGAGCAUGAUUGGUCUGCGGCUCGCCAUUUGUACAGAGAAUUGUGGAGUGAGGAUGUUGAGUGUCCUUGGAGUGAGACCGAGGUUGCAGAUGACUGA